UUCUCUCUCUCUCUCUCUCUCUCUCUCGAAAGAGAGAUACAGCACUAUAAUGACUCUUUCUUGUCCGCUCUGCUUCCUCUGGUUCUAAACGUCCCAAGCCGGCCUAACCCAAUCCACACACACCUAAAAUCACAACCAUCUCUAGCGAAUUCUAGCUAUUAUUUGGAUUCAGUCGGAUGUGUUUGAUGUGAGUUUUGCUAUCGUUAUAGGCUCCGACAAAUCCCGAUCUGAAGGUGGAUUCGAAUUCCUUGUUCAUUCGGCCUUUCCGUCUACUGUAUCGGUUGGGUUUUGGGUCUAGAAUCUUGGGUGUUCGAUCUGGUUCUCUGAUUUAUUUGUUUGGAUUUGUUUCAAUCAGAGAUUGGCUUCAAUUUCUGGGCUCCGUUUGAAAUGGUCUAUUUCCAUUGUUCAAUCUCGGUCUGCAACUCCGUUGACCAACCCACAGCCAUGGCUGACGCGAAAUCAAGGCUAAGUAAUUCUUUAUCGAGGAAUAGAAAGGCUCUCCAUUGGGCGAGUUCUUCGAAAACUCCAGUUUGUGAUCGAUCUCGAUCGGUGGUAAUAUAUAUAGUAAUCCUUAUAGCGGUUAUUGGCGCUUGCGGGUUUUUGCUGUUCCCUUAUAUCAGGUUUGUGGCCGUCGAGCUUGUCGGAAUUGUUGGAGAUAUUGUUUCUUUUGUUAAAGAGGAAGUUUCUACUGCUCCGUUGUUAUAUGGUUCUAUAGGACUUAGCGUUUGUUGUACUGCACUGGCUGUCUGGAUAGUUGUGAUAUUUACUAGCCGGAAGUGUGGGAAUCCGAAUUGCAAGGGACUGAGGAAGAAGGCAGAGUUCGAUAUUCAGUUGGAGACAGAGGAGUGUGUGAAGAGCUCGUCUAAUUUGGUUAAAGAUGGAGGAGUGAAGAAGGGUCUAUUUGAAUUGCCACGCGACCACCACCGGGAAUUGGAGGCAGAGCUCAAGAAGAUGGCACCGCCUAAUGGAAGAGCAGUUCUUGUUUUCCGAGGGAGGUGUGGGUGUUCUGUUGGUAGAUUGGAAGUUCCGGGGCCGAAGAAGCAUCGGAAGAACAAAAGGUAGGAUUGAUGUGGUUGGUGUUAUUCAACACCGAGGAUAAUCGGAAUACAGUAAUAACCAUAAUACAGAGAGAGAGAAGAGCCUUCUCGGGUUAAUCUCUUUCGGAUCUAUAUUGUCUUUAAAUAAGCUCUUGGCAAUAAGUUGUAAGGAUUAUAUACCAUUGGUUACGGUGGGGAAUAUAAGAAUCAUUUAGUUUAUAAUAUUUUUAGGACAUAUUAAGAUCUUUUGAUA